AUGCCGCUAAUCCUUGACUCCUCCUCCGAGUCGUCGGUCGAGCACGACAAAGACACAUUAAGGGAGAGGAGGCAAGAACAUCAUACCGCCGAUGUGGUCAUUGUCGGCGGCGGAAUCCUGGGCUCUGCUCUUGCAAAAGCACUUGGUGAUCAAGGUCGCAGUGUUAUUCUGCUAGAAAAGUCGCUCAAAGAGCCGGACCGCAUCGUGGGAGAACUGCUUCAACCUGGUGGCGUCCAGGCUCUCGAACAGCUAGGUCUCCGGGACUGCCUCGAAGGCAUUGAUGCCAUCAGAGUCAAGGGUUACGCUGUCGAGUUCUACGGUGACCUUGUCCACAUCCCCUACCCUGCAAAUGCGCUUCGACAGCCAAAUUACAACGCCAAAACAGAAGACCCUCCCCUCAAGGCCGAGGGAUGCUCGUUCCACCAUGGUCGCUUCGUCCAAAAACUCCGCGCAGCCGCUCUAGCCCACCCUAACGUCACCGUCUUCGAGACCGAGGCUACCAACCCCAUCACUGCCGACAUUUCAUCCCAAGUCCUGGGCGUGCAAGCCAUGACCCGCAAAACGGAGCGCGACUACUUCUUCGCCGACCUGACCAUAAUUUGCGACGGAUACGCCUCCAAGUUUCGAAAACAAUACUCGCCUCAUACUCCACGUGUUCGCUCGAAAUUCUGGGGGAUGGAGCUCAUCGAUUGUCCCCUUCCCAUACCGGAACACGGCUUUGUGUCCCUCGCCGAUCGCCCUCCAGUCCUCCUGUACCAAAUCGGCACGCACGAGACUCGCGUCCUAGUCGAUAUCCCAGAGAACGUCUCCACUGCGACUAGUGCCGCGGGAGGCGUCAAGAACCAUCUCCGCAACGUCGUCUGUCCCACACUCCCACCCGACGUCCGGCCCAGCUUCCUCUCCGCGCUUGACAAGGGCCAUCUCCGCAGCAUGCCCAAUUCAUUUCUCCCUCCAGCCACCCAGCGCACACCUGGGCUUGCCCUUCUCGGCGAUGCGCUCAACAUGCGCCAUCCGCUCACGGGCGGCGGCAUGACCGUCGCCUUCAGCGACGUCGUAACCCUGACCCAACUCCUCCACCCUUCCAAAAUCCCCAACCUUGCCGACACCAAGGCCGCCCUGCGCGCCUUCCGCCACUUCCACUGGCAACGCAAACACGUCACCUCGGUCAUCAACAUCCUCGCGCAAGCCCUAUACUCGCUCUUCGCCGCCGACCAGACGUCCCUCAAGUGGCUGCAGAAGGGCUGCUUCCGCUACUUCCAGCUCGGUGGAAACUGCAUCGACGGGCCUGCGGGACUCCUAGCUGGCAUCAUCCAGCGGCCGAUCGUGCUCGUGUACCACUUCUUCGCCGUGGCCCUGUUGAGUAUAUGGUGCAUGUACUGCGAGAACGGCCUGCUCAUGCUGCCCUACAGCUACUUUAUGGGCUGGGUCGUCUUCGUCCAGGCCUGCAUCGUCAUCGGCCCCUAUCUGCUGGCCGAGAUGCGGUCUUGA